GAACGGGCAUCGUCUCGAAUAAAAAAAAUAGUCAAUCUUUUACACUAAAAAUUAUAUGAACUUAUAAUGUAAUUAUACUUUAAAUUUCACUAGUUACACACUAAAUUUUCACAAUUACACGAUAGCUCGUAAGCAGCACGUCGCCGCCCGUAAGCAGCACGUCGCCGCCCGUUGGACGACACGUUGGAGCAGCAAAGAUGUGCAUGGACGCCACGUACGGCCGAACGAGCAAGCACACCAAACCUCACACCCAUCAUCCACACGAGAAGUUUAGGCGACGCGUCGUUUUCUCGUGGAUCUCAUCACAACCAUUAUCUAAGCUGGAGUAUCUUCUUCCUCUUCUCCGUUGACCGUCCACGCUAUACAUCUUAAAUCAGCCUAGGAAGUCGCUAGAGCGCAUCAUCAAUCACCGAUCGAUCAUCUCUCUCAAGUCCAAGCUUGCUCAUCGUACGUAUCAUCCAUCCAUGGCGAUGCCGUGGGAGCUCGCCGAGUACCUGAUGGCCGUCACCUGGGUGGCGCUCGGCCGCUUGCAGCCUUCCCUUCUCUUGCAGGAGUUACGGGAGUGCCAGCACCUGGAUUCCACUACCGUUGCUGCCUCCGCCUCCGCCACCGGCAGCGGAAGUCCGGACAUCGAGGGCAUGGCGCAGGCCGACUUCUUCUUCGGCCCCGAGUUGGAUGACUUGAUGCAGCAGCUAGGUGACGGUGACACCGGGCAGAAGGGCAUGCUGCCAGCCUCGUCGUCGUUGCCAUCCGGCGUGCAGCGGCGCAAAGCCGGCGGGGCGGGGCGGAGCGGGCGGAUGGCGGCGCCUAGAAGAACGGGACGGAGUGGGGCAUCGGCGGGCAGAGUCGCAGAGAGGGGAGACGGGGAGAAAGAAGAGGUGGCGGUGAGAAUGACAUGCGGGGCCCACGUGGGCCCCACCAUUUUUUAUUAAUUUGUGUGUGAAACUGACAUGUGGGUCCCACGGGAUUUAAUAUUUUUUGGGGAUCCAAUUGCCACGUAAACGUCACGUCAAUGACACGUGGGACGAGGACCUAGUCAAAAGAGCCAUGUAAGCGCCACGUCGGUCAAAACCACCCUCUAUGCUGCCGAGG